CAGAACCCGGGCGUGGCAAGGCCGCCGCCGCCCUAUAUAUACGGCGCGCGCGCAUCCCGGGCCACAGGUCCUCUGCGAGUGCUCAGCAGACCGCACCAGCAGCGCACAGCACCACCCAGCCAUGAAGAUCUUCGUUGUCGUGAGCGCCCUCCUGGCUACGGCCGCUGCCCGCCCGGGCUUCCUGCACGGCGGUCUGAACGGCGUGACGCACAUCGCCGCCGCCCCCGCCAUUUCCUACGCCGCCGCCGCCCCCGCGGCAGUCACCUACUCGGCCGCCGCCCCCGCGCACAUCUCGUACGCCGCCGCCCCCGCCGCCGUCGUCGCGCCCGUCUCCGUGUCGUCGCAGUACCACGCCCAGGACGAGCUGGGCCAGUACAGCUACGGCUACAGCGGCGCCCUGUCCGCCAAGUCUGAGGCCCGCGCCUUCGACGGCUCCGUCGCCGGCGGCUACUCCUACGUGGACGCCAACGGCGUCGUCCAGAGCGCCCACUACGUCGCCGACCCCGUCAACGGCUUCCGCGUCGCCGCCACCAACCUGCCCGUGGCCCCCGCCGCCCCCGAGGCCCCCGCCGUCGAGGCCCCCAAGCCCGUCGAAGACACCCCCGAGGUCGCCGAGGCUAAGGCCGCCCACGCCGCCGCCGUCGCAGAGGCCGCCGCCCGCGCCGCCGCCGCCCCCGAGGAGCCCGAGCCCGCUCCCGUUCCCGCAGCCGUCGCCGUGGCCGCCCCCGCCCCGGCCGUCGCUGUGGCUGCCCCCGCUGUCGCCUACUCUGCCCCCGCGGCCCUGGCCUACUCCGCCCCCGCCGUGGUGGCCGUGUCUCCCGCCAGGUCGUUCGCCUACCACACGGUGGCUGCCGCCCCCCUGACGUACGCUGCUCACGCCCCAGUCGUGCUGGCCUCAGAAGGCCUGUCCGCCGAAGCCAUCGCACACCUCCGAGCCAAGGCCGCCCUCCUGGGUUGCUUGCUCUAUGUGAUGAGUGAAUGGAAUAAGGUGCUGGCUUGUACGUACGGAACCGUACCGGCUGGUCUGCCCGCCGGGACCCGACUGCGGCGCGCGGGGGCAGCGCCUCGUCCUCUGCAGCGUCGCGACUCUCGGGAUGAUGUCUCCAGGGGGGACGGCGAGGCCGCCAGAGGACGAGUUGGACCGGGCCAGAGCCGGCCGGGCCGCCAGGGCGUGGCAAGGCCGCCGGCAGAGGCGCGUCCGUAUAUAAGGGCGCGGCGCGCAUCUGCAAGCCACAGGUCUUCUGCGAGUGCCGGCCACACACCACCAGCAGCGCAUCCAGUCAUGAGGUUCCUCGUUGUCAUCGGCGCCCUUCUGGCGACAGCCGCUGCCAGGCCUGGCUACCUGCACGGAGGGCUGGCUGGCGUGACGCACAUCUCUGCCGCCCCCGCAGCCAUCUCCUAUAGCGCCGCCGCCCCCGCAGCCAUCUCCUACGCCGCCGCCGCCCCCGCAGCCAUCUCCUACACCGCCGCCGCCCCCGCUGCCAUCUCCUACACCGCAGCCGCCCCCGCCGCCGUCGUCGCGCCCGUCUCCAUCUCGUCGCAGUACCACGCCCAGGACGAGCUCGGCCAGUACAACUACGGCUACCACGACGGCAUCUCCGCCAAGUCUGAGGUGCGCGGCAUCGACGGCUCCGUCGCCGGCGGCUACUCCUACGUGGACGGCAACGGCGUCGUCCAGAGCGCGCGCUACACGGCCGACGCCGUGAACGGCUUCCGCGUGUCCGCCACCAACCUGCCCGUGGCCCCCGCCGCCCCCGAGGCCCCCGCCCUCGAGGCCCCCAAGCCCGUCGAAGACACCCCCGAGGUCGCCGAGGCCAAGGCCGCCCACGCCACCGCCGUGGCUGAAGCCGCCGCCCGCGCCGCCGCCGCCCCCGAGGUGCCCGAGCCGGCCGCCGUCGCCGUGUCCGCCCCCGCUUCCUACGCCGUGGCUGCCCCCGCCAUUGCAUACUCCGCCCCCGCCAUCGCCUACUCCGCCCCCGCCGUCGCCUACUCCGCCCCCGGCGUGGUGUCCGUGUCGCCCGCCAGGUCCUUCGCCUACCAGACGGUGGCCGCCGAGCCUCUGACGUACGCUGCCCGCUCGCCCGUGGUGCUGGCCAGUGAGGCGCUGCCUGCCGAAGCCAUCGCUCACCUCAGGGCCAAGGCUGCCCUUCUGGGCUGAAGCUUUCUAAGAUAGCUUCGCACCCCUCCUGACCUGUACAUAAAUCUUCAAUAAACUAUUGAUGGCAUCUUAAAA